GUAACGAUUUAGAUGAAGAUGCCCACGUUUCGGGGUCGUAUUGCGGCCCCGGAGUGUUCUAUUCAGGGAGUCCGUACAGAAAUGUGUUGGAAGAUAUGGGUCAUGCACUUUACGUUACCAAAAUUGGUACAGGGGAGAUAAUUUACUGGAACAAAGCCGCUGAGAAACUUUAUGGUUAUAAAGACCAUGACGUAGUCGGACAGAGGUGUACUGAACAGCUUGUAUGUGAAGAAUAUCAUGAGUUAGCUAUGCGUUCCGUGAAAAGAUUGAGCUGUGGACAACCAUGGACAGGGCAGUUUCCAUUUAAAAAGAGAACUGGUGAGAUCUUUAUGGCUAUAGUGUCGAAAAGCCUAAUGUACGAGGAUGGUGAGCUUUUUGGUGUUAUCACUGUCUCAAGUGAUGCGGCACUUUUAAAUAAGACAAACUUGGAGAAAACAAGAAAUUCUCAGUCUUCUAACGGACAAGCAGGAAGGCGGGGAAUAAAUUUCAAAAGUACCCGGUGGCAUCUACAGUCGCAAACUGCAUCAUUUGUUCCCAAGCUGGCCUCAAAGUUCUCCUUGCUCAAUCGUGGAGAGGAUGCACACAAUGCAUCUGCCAAUGCGAGAUACCUGGAGGAGGUUGAAGUAGACACCAUAGGAGGGCAAUCACAAAGGCCACCUAGAGCACCUGCUGCACGACUGAGUUUCAGUUUGCUAGGUAGGAAGACCAAAGCUAAUGCAGAAAGCUCAGAAAUGGACGAGUCUCCAUUUGAUAUUCCGCAGCCUUCUAAACUAGUGGCGAAGGUGAUGUCAAAGCUGCAUAUAUCAGGAUUUGGAAACAUUAGAGGAGAAAAGUGUGGAAAUAUUCAACAGAAUGGGCAUGAUGAAACUUUUGCUAACGGGAAUGUUGCGGAACCUAAUUUGCCAUCAUCUUCCGAGGGAAAAUAUAGUCAUGUUCUUGAUGCCUAUCAAGAUUUCCAGAAUAUACUGAAAGGGUCCUGUUUUACUCCACAAAGAACAAUCGCACCUGAAAAUUCACAAAUAACAUCCACUGAUGUCAUAGAGGGUCCUAUAGCUACUUGCUUAAGAAAGUUCGACGAAUGUUCAAAGGCUUCCAUAUCUCCUGAACAGUUGCCGAGACCAUAUUUCCAAAACAAUGAUGAAUAUCGUAAGCCACAAGUAGGAAAUUCAAAACUUCCAGCUAUAGAAGAUUCAUCAGGACGACAGUUAGAAAACCAACGGUCCCCAAAGUCAGGGGAGAACACUAGAAGCAGCCACGGAAGUCCAUCAAACAAAAAUGAGAAUGUGUUGAGCUUGAUAGUACAUUAUGAAAUACUUUGGGAAGACAUCAGCCUAAGAGAAGAAAUUGGACAAGGUGCAUAUGGCGUUGUGUAUCAUGGAAUUUGGAAAGGAUCGGAUGUUGCUGUUAAGGUUUUCUUUGGGAACCAAUGUAGUGAGACAACUUUUCUUGACUACAAAAAGGAGAUUGAGAUAAUGAAAAGACUUAGACAUCCGAACGUGCUAUUAUUUAUGGGAGCAGUAAGUUCACAUGAAAAGCUUGCCAUUGUCACCGAGUAUAUGCCCAGGGGAAGUCUUUUUAAAGCACUUCACAGGAAUAAUCCACCACUAGACAUCAAAAGGCGUCUUAGGAUGGCCCUUGAUGUGGCUAGGGGUAUGUGUUACUUGCAUCGACGGAACCCUCCUAUAGUACAUAGAGACCUUAAAUCUUCAAACCUGCUUGUGGAUAAAGGCUGGACUGUCAAGGUUGGAGAUUUUGGCCUUUCGAAAUUGAAACAUGCUACCUUCUUAACAGAAAAUUCUGGACGAGGGACGCCACAGUGGAUGGCUCCUGAAGUACUCAGAAAUGAACCUUCAACAGAGAAAUCUGAUGUCUUCAGUUUCGGUGUGAUCUUAUGGGAACUAAUGACUGAAUCUAUUCCGUGGAAGGACCUCAAUUCCUUACAGGUUGUCGGAGUUGUUGGCUUCAUGGAUGGUAGGCUGGAUAUUCCGCAAGAACUUGAUCCUCGCGUUUCGGCUAUUAUCCUUGAUUGUUGGCAAAGCAAACCAGAACUUCGUCCAUCAUUCGAAGACAUUAGUCGAAGAAUGACAGAAAUAAUUCUCUCAUUUGGUGGAUUGACAUCUAGGAAGGACUCAGGGGGAAUGGUAUCAAACAUAGAUUGACAGGUUACUCAAG